ACUUCGACCCAACACCUAACUGGCUAUUGGUUCGCAGUCAAAGCUUGAGGUAAUCGAUCGACGGGGAUUGCCAGAAACAGCGAAAAGAUACUCAAUCACGAGUCUGGAGAGACAUAUAUAAGUAGAACAGACGCCCUGCCCCCAUGUAGUCAAUGCUUUCCGACAACUCUGUAAAAUUUCAUUUUCUACCCUGUUUAUCACUGGCACGCAACCAUGACGACUCCUACGAACAUUAAUCCCAAGGAUAUUCGAGCACACUGGGCCAAAUAUCCGGGCGACAAGUAUGUUGAUGGCUGGGCCUCCCUCUGGGACAGUGAUACUUUGCCCUGGGAUCGUGGCUUCCCCAACCCCGCGCUAGAAGACACCUUAAUCCAGCGAGCUGGCACCAUUGGCGGGCCUAUUGCCCAGGACGGUGAGAGGCGGAAGGCCCUGGUGCCGGGCUGUGGACGUGGAGUCGAUGUACUCUUACUGGCGAGCUUUGGGUAUGAUGCCUAUGGCCUGGAAGUCAGCGCCACAGCUGUCGAAGCAUGCAAGAAGGAAGAGAAAGAGAACCAUAGCCGGUACCGCGUGGGAGACGAGAAAGCCGGCAAAGGGAAGGCCACUUUCGUCCAGGGAGAUUUUUUUGAUGAUGCCUGGUUGAAGGAAAUUGAAGUACCUCGAAAUGGAUUUGAUAUUAUUUAUGAUUACACGUUUUUCUGUGCGUUGGACCCAGAGCUUCGUCCUAAAUGGGCUCUCCGAUACACCGAGCUCCUUGCCCCCUCACCCGCAGGCAAUCUGAUUUGUCUGGAAUCUCCCCGUCAUAAGAACCCCUUGGCCCCCGGCCCUCCAUUUGCCUCCCCCUCCGAGGCGUACAUGGAGCACCUAAGCCACCCCGGUGAGAAGAUUUCCUACAACGACAAGGGUCUUGUCAUUGCGGACCCGUUGCGAGAGCCCAGCAAGGAGGGCCUGGAGAGAGUGGAGUACUGGCAGCCAGAGCGCACGCACGCCGUGGGCAAGGAUGAGAAUGGGGUGAUCCAUGACAGAGUCUCUAUUUGGCGUCGACACAACUAAUAAUAUGCCUGCGCAUUUGUGUGACGCCAAAAAAGGGUGGAAAUGUAAAUAGAAAUAUGGGUCAUUUCGGAGUCCGCCCCUGGAUUUUCAAAGGCCAGUCAGUCCCUGAGACGCUAAAGUGACAGUCGACAUGAAGGGCCGGGAUGCAAAGGGCGCUUUGUGAAAAAGAUUUCGCGGACAUAGGGAACAUAUGUACUGGAAGGAUGUCCUUAACUCCAUAGCGGGAUCCUGCUUGUAAUCGUCGCAUCAUGCAAAGUAAACGGAG